AUGGCGACAGCAGGCGCCGCGGCUCCUGGAGCGCCCUCGACGACGUACGUCAUGUACCGGAACACGACCCUCGGCGAGGCGCUACAGAAAACUCUUGAAGAUCUCGUCAGCGAUCGUCAGUUUUUGCCAAGAAAUUUGAAGUUUUUUGCAUCUUUUUCUUCAUAGGGGAAGUGCAGAAGCUUGCAAUUGAAAGAAACUUGGAUGGGGCGGGGGGCAUUUAGCAACGUCAUCAAGUAGAAAAAACUGCGAGUUAUCUUACAUGAGGUGCGCAAGCUCGAGGUAGUGUAUGAUGAAACUUUGCACAUACUUCAGGGACUUCAGGUCCUUCUGAAUCCAAAGAAAUUGAAAAAAAGGUGUGAUUUUUGUGUUCUAGUCGAGUUAUGGCACCUCAAGUCAAGUUCCAUCGGGGCAAAAAUCACUUAUCAUCAUAAUUCCACUUUUCUUUUCUACCUUUUUGAAAAAAAUCAAAAAUUAAAUUUUUACUGUAAUCAAAAAAAGCAGGUAUAGGGCUUCCAAGCUUCUUUAGAAGUUCCAUCAGGGGGCUGAAAAAAACUUUUCUUCAUUAUUAUCCACUUUUUCUUUGAUCCUCUAGUUAUCAAAAACUCGAUAAAAAGAUUCUCCCAAUCUUACAAAUGGUUCAAUUGAUCAAUAAAUAUGCUAACAUUCAUCCAAAUUCUGAAAUCGAGCAGAUUAUUUUGGAACUUUGAUCAUUUUCGGUGCAAAGUAUAGCCAAUUUCCGGCAAGUUUCCCUUUUUUUAUGACCGUAUUUUACCAAAUCCAACAAAAUUUCGCUCCAAGACCACUUUUUUGCCGUUUCUUCAUCAAAAGUUCGGAAAGAAGUUUUUUUUUAAGGGUAGCUUUUUUUUCUUGCGGUGCUUUUAAAACUUGACGGUCUUGCCGGAACCCACUAUGGGAGGAUAGAAGAAUGCCGUGUUCAAAGUAAUUUCGGCGAUUUUAAAACUGACACGUUAUUCGGUUAUGAUUUUGCGAAAAAGGCAAAAUCGGGAUUCCGAGAACACGCAGAAAAGGUCCUAUAGCGAUAUAUCGCGAUAUAUGCUUUUACGGUGACUUUUACGCGGAAAAAUUAUAAAUUAUGAAAAUUUUGGGCAUUUUUAACGAAACAUUCGAAACUGUUUAGAACUGAUACCGGAAAGCCUGGUGCCGAAAGUGCUGGCCAUCUACGACAAGGCGAUCAACAAGGCGCUGUCGACGAGGGCCAAGAACAAGGUCACUUUCCGGUCCGACAAAGCUGCGCGCGUAUCGAAACUGCGACAACGUCUGGACCUUCAUCCUGGAAGGCGUCGACUUCCGCGAGAUCGUCGAGGGAAAGGUCAUUUUUUGGGAGAAAACUGUGAAACAUUGACAUAGAAAAAUAGCAAAAAUUUAUAGCUGAAACCCUAAAAUUGGUUCAUAGCCCAUUCCGCAGCAGUUUGUCACGAUUUUUUUUUAUUUUCUUCGAGCUAGGGAGCCCUUUUUCGAACAGCGCGGCCUGUGGCUCUGCAUGCGCCUUUAAUAUAGGCCAAAUUAAAGGCGCAUGCACAGAGACAGGCCACGCGCAUCAAAGAGAAGAGUACUGUAGACCGGAGGGAAGCAAAAAUUGGCCAGAGUCGGGCUGAAGAAGAAAAAUGUAACAGAAAGAUGGAUGAUUUUCAAGAAAUUUAAGCUUUGGACUUUUUGGCCAGUGGCUAUAUUGGCUCAAAAAAUAGAAGAUAAUGACAUUCUGAGCGUUUUAGUGAUCAUCUACAGGAAUUACCAAGAAAAAAAAGAUUGAUUUAAUUUUGAAUUUUGAAUUAGGUUCUAGAUUGAGCUAAACAUACGGCUUUUUAUCAUGAUUUCUUAGAGCUCAGCUGUUUUUUUCAGAAAAAUUUAUCUAAUUAAAAAAAUAACUUUCUGUGUUUUUUUCAAGACCUGGAAGCUGUCUUGACUGAGUAUUCAACGAUAAUCCUUUUUUCCGAACAGGACAAGUUUUAAGCUCACUCAUGCGCCUUUAAAAAAUGUUUCGAACUGAAUAAACUUUACAUAGAAGCUCGUACGGUAGACCGGAGGUUUUCUGAGAAAGUCUAGGGAUCACUUUAAGUGUGCUGGCGCCGCUAAAGUGGUCACUAGGAAUGCCUCAAGCUUUUUCUUUCCUCGUUACCAGGGUCCGAGCUAAUAGUCUUAUAAUUUUCGAACUUUUUCAGCUUGAAAAAAGUAAAAAUUUUUGUGAGAGCAUUAUCUGUAGUUUUUCAUUCUACUAAACUUCUUCAAACACGAAAUUCUGCUUUCAGAACAUUCGAAAUGUCUCAAAAUGAAAUUUCCAAAGAAUACUUUUUAGGUGAACCGUGUGAAGUUUGUCGCGUGUGA